CAUCAACAACUCAAAAGACGGCUGGGGGAGGUCUAGGUCAACAAGAUGUUGACCCCCCGUCCCCUGACCCCCGAAAGCUCCGCCAAGAUUCCUUAGAAGCCACUGCAGAUUUUUGCAGAACGCCCCAGCUGACACACGGACGUAUCACUGAUACCAGUGCAGGACCAGAAGAUAGCAAUGCUGCCACGAGUACACUCAUCGAGGGCAAUCAGCUUCUUACAGAAGGCGUGCUUUCCAGUAUCCCAU